AUGAGGGCCGCGGAGGAUCGCGGGCCUCCGAGUACGGGGUCAUUUACAACGCCUCCGCUGCACCUGGACUGGAGUGUGCACCAUACGACAAAUGCAAAGCAACGACCAGCCACAGCCCGAGAAGGAGCUUGUCGUCGGCCGUUCUCGGCAGCUUCUACUACCAAGUGCCCCGUCCGCCAGGUGCUUCCUCGUCGGCCCAACACGGCCCGCAAUGUCGUCGUUCCUGCGUCAAAAGUUGUUGAAAUCCCGUCCUUGCCCGCCACUGUCGCCACGAUCUCGUCAAAUGCCAUUGCUGAAGCCGCGCUGCGCGAACAGCACUUGGUCAAAGACGCCGAUCCGUUGUGCGGCACGAGCGUUGAAAUACGGCCCUUGCACGGCACCAUGCCCCGCGGCAAUCGAACCGCCGAUUACUACCGCGCCCGAGGAUAUCACUACCGCACACAGGGCGACUUUCGCUCAGCGAUUCGUGAAUACCAAACCGCGCUGAAGAUGGCUCCCCGCGACUUCAAGGCCCUCUUCAACCUCGGGCUCGUGUACGACCAGUUGGGGGAGACGCGCCACGCCCUGUCGUGCUAUCGACGAGCUUGCAAAGUUGACGACCAGAACAUGUAUUUACAUUUCAACAUGGGCAUUUGCUACCUGCACGACGAAGACUUUGACAAAGCGAUCGGGUGCUUCACCCGUGCCAUCGACGUCGACGGUGGAUGCAGCAUCUUUUUCAAGAAUCGUGCGUUUGCGUAUCGCAAAGCGGGGCGAUAUGCAGAAGCCGCCAAGGACUACACGACGAUGGGCUACUGCGAUAACCCCGAAGGCUACAGCAUGGACUUGCCCCUUGGCGCGGAUGACGAUGGCCAAACCACCUUGACAAACCAAGAUGACAUUCUUCCGCCGCGCACGUGCCCUGUAUACCAUGGCAGCAUGACGAGUGACCAUGGCAUGUUUUACUACGACUCGAAGCCCCUGUACACGCCACGGGAUUCGUGUAUUCGAGCGCUCACGACCAUGGAUCGCACAAACCCUCGGAUUUGCUACAAGAUCGCCGCCGCGCCGCCCGAGACCCGCAGCGAUGCAGAUCUCCAGUUCCUCAUGGACUACACAGCAGCGUAUCCGUUGUGCAAGCACCUGUCGGCCGCCGUGCACCGAGCUCUGUGCGCCCAGGUGUGCGCCGUUCGGUUGACGGCGUCGACAGUGCUCUUCCAGGAAGACGACGACGGAGGGUUUGUGUACUUUUUGCUCGUCGGGCGCAUCAACCUGUUCAAGCACAAUCUGGUGAAACCCGACACCUCCGACGGGUCGCGGCCGACGGUCGAGACGUUCCUCAAAAGCGUUCCAGUCGAGAACGUGCACACGGAGGCGGCGCUGCUGGACUUGGACAACUUGCGCCAACAAACGGUGGACGCAGAAGAGACUCCGAUGUAUACCCUUCGCGCCGGCGCUGAAUUUGGCCACCAAGGGCGAUUCCGUCACCUUGCGCGAUCCUGCACGGCGGUCGUCGAGGCCCACUCCGAAUUGAUUGUUGUGCCGUGGGCCACCGUGUUUGAAACCGAGGCGAACGAGAGCCGGUCGUCCGACAUGAUGGAAUUUCUCGGCAAACUGCGCUUGUUUCGGUCGCUGUCGACGUCCGAGCUCCACCUAUUGACGCUGAAAGCAAGGCGCUUGGUCGUCCCAAAGGCCACCGUUGUCCAAGUGCCAGGACAGGCGCACGAAGGGCUUUUGGUCGUGCGGCGCGGCAUGUGCAAGCUCAUCACGCACAACUCGAGCAUGUUGGGGUCGCGGCGGCCUCGUGGUGCGUGCCUCGCGACCAAGACCGGCGUCAAAAAAUCGCACCAGCACAAUGCGCUGCACACGUAUACCACCAUGGAGCACGAAGACAGCCCGAUGGCGUUCUUUCAUGCGAAUCAAGCGUUAACGCGGCAUCUCUUAGCUGUCCCAUCGUCGCUGCGUCUAGAGACGGUCCACAAGCGCCUCGGCGCACGGGAUUUUGUCGGCGAAGAGUCGUUCUUGAGCAAUGAGUCGAAUCGCAGAGUGCACGCCACGCACACCUUUGUGACCGAUUCCGAGUGUGAGCUGCUUUACCUCCGCAAGGCUGACUUUUUCAGCGAUACCUCGUACUACACGAGGCAGCGCGUGCGCGCCAACAUCCAACGCACGGCGGCCGAGGACCCGCCGUCGCCGACGCAUCCACCAAACCAGCAAGAUCGGGACGAGGUCAAGUGGGAGGCGUACAAACAGAAGCUCGUGCAUGAAGUGCUCCACAAGCGAGGGUAG